AUGAAGUUCAUUACAAUAUUAUUCAUGGCCUUCGCUCUAUCGUCUCUUGUUCUAACCAAAACAACAAUAGUAGGGGAAGAAGUGAAAGCGGCAUGUGUUGUGGCAGAUGUUCAAAUAUGCAAGUCGGCAGUAACAACUGAAACCCCACGUUCAAAAGAAUGUUGCGCAAAACUGAAUGAACAACAAUCGUGUUUAUGUGAUUACUUGAAAGAUCCAUCGGUUAGUAAAUAUAUUACAGCUGCUAAAAGAGUUUUAGCGGCUUGUGAUAUACCUUUUCUUAGUUGUUGA